AUGACGUUGUUUUUGGAAGAGUGUGARGCACUGUGGUAUGACAUUAAGAAGGUGAAUCCAAAGAGGACCAUAGAUGUAGGGUCAUUCCAAGUAAACCCUGACGGGACACAAGAGAGGAGUAAGUCUGAUGCUUAUAAACCUUUAAAAUUUGGGUGGGAAAGUAUCGUAGAGGAGUAUGAAGAUGAAAUACUCUCACUUAUCGCCCAAGAGGCAGACUAUCUAGCUGACAAGCUGUGCAGUGAAAAAUCAGGUCAGAAAUGA